GCGGUUUCGUCACAUUCCUCUGCAAGGCUGUCAAAAAAAAAUUCCACUGCUUUGUCACCGCACUAUAAGAGUCGAGUUUCUGUCACAAACGUUCACUUUUAUGUGAUACAGCUCAUCACAUAAAGGCAGAGCUCAAAGCCCUCGAGGAAACGAUGAGCGUUGGCUUAUCGGUGGGGACAGGGAAACCACACUGUCUCACCGGGUUUGUUCCGGGCCGCUGACCCAAUAAGAAGCCUUCGUCUCCUGUGGUUCCGGAGUGCCGGACAGAUCAACCCCCCCCCCCCCGCCCCGUGCUGCAGUGUAUUCAUUCCCUCCAGAGUCGAGGAUAUAAUGUGACACAUCUCAAUCCUUGACUGACUGACUGACUUCACCGAGGCCACCAUGCAGCACUGCCACACUGGACUGUGCCUGUCCGUCUACGUCAUCACCUUCGUCCUGGGCUUCCCGGCCAACGUCCUUGCCUUCUACACUUUCUGCAAGAAAGUGAGGCAGAAACCCCUGCCGAUCGACAUCCUGCUCCUAAAUCUCACCAUCUCUGACCUCCUCUUUCUCCUCUUCCUGCCCUUCAAGAUGCAGGAAGUGAUGAACAACAUGGUCUGGGACAUGCCCUACGCCCUCUGUCCACUGUCUGGUUUCAUCUUCUACAUGACCAUCUACAACAGCACCUUCUUCCUCACUGCGGUCAGUGUAGAGCGCUACCUGGGUGUGGCGUUCCCCAUCAAGCACACCCUGAAGCGGCGACCCGAGUACGCUGUCGCCGCCAGCGUCUUCUUUUGGAUUUUCUCCUUCAUCAACCUGAGCAUCGUGUUCAUCGUGCCCUUUAUCAGCUCCGACAACUCUGAGAAUAACACAGGCCGCAAUGUCUCAGCUGGCUCUGAUGCAGGUGAACCAAGGCGGGAGGUGUGUUAUCAAAACUUCACUCAGCAGCAGCUAAAUGUCCUCCUGCCUGUGCGUCUGGAGCUUUUCAUAGUACUUUUCUGCAUCCCUUUCCUGAUUUGCUGUUUCUGCUACAUCAACUUUAUCAGGAUUCUGUCCAAGCUGCACCACAUUGACCGGCGCCGGCGCCUGAGGGCCAUCGGCAUGGCUUUGGGAACGCUGCUGGUGUUCGCUUUAUGUUUUGGCCCCUACAACGUGUCGCACGUUGUCGGUUAUGUUCAAUGGGAAAGCCCUGAGUGGAGAGACAAGGCCCUGCUCUGCAGCACCUUCAACGCUUGUCUCGACCCUCUUAUUUUCUACCUCUCCUCCUCUGCUGUGAGAGGAACAGUGAGUAGAAUGAUGGAAGGGGUUAAGAGACGCCUAAGCAGGUGCAUGUCCUGUCACGUGUUUGAAGACUUCAGGGGGGCGAGCAGCAAGACUUCAAAAGAUAAGGAAAACACAGAGGACAUCGAUGCUAUCUGAGCUGACUGAAAGGAAGCUGUGAGCAGCUGCCUUCACUAAUUUGUUAUUUCUUCAUCCCUGGAAACUGGAAAUUAAUGACAUUUUUAUGUAUUUACACACAUGAAAAUGACUUACUGUUUACAGUGCAGUCCGUAUCACUGUUUGACUCUCUCAUGGACUUCCUAUUUGGAAGCGAGAUAAAAUCAGAAAACUCCUGUCUGUCGGAGUAGGUCAGUUUGUGUGUACUGUGUAAAACCACAGAGAGGCAGAGAUCUUCUUUGAACUUUCACAGUCAAAUGAAAAACAUAUCUUGCAUAACAGCAGGAUUUCGCAGGAUCUCUUCUAGUUGUAGGUGUCGUCGAGUGCGGCGACAAAAUGAAUAUCUAAGCGACAGCUUCAGACGUCAUGGCUAAGAAAUAAGAGCUAAAGCUUUCCUAACCUUGAACAGGGUAUGCAGUGUGUUUGAGACUGAGAUGCUCAUUGGUCGUCAGAUAUUCUGGUGAAUAAAAGACGGCUGUGAAGUGUGAGAUGCGAAGGAAGAUUCAAAUGUGUUAAAAAAUGAGCUUGUGUUGGGUUUUGCACACCCUGAUAAUAUGAUACGCAGCUAAUGUACAAUUUGCUUUUUAUGUGAACAAAUACUUGUGUUUGUUGUGUUUCUCAAGCAGAUUGUAGUUUAAGCAGGCUCAUAUUGAUACUUACUUAUUUAAUAUCAUCUACUCAGAAACAUGUUACUAUGUAUGACACACAUGGUUAACCAUAGGUGGUACUAAACUUGCAUUCAUGUAUGUAUACAUGUAUGAAUGAGUGUAAUAUGUGUCUAAAAGCAGUUGUUAUUGUCUAAACAUGGAGGCAUGGAGGCAAAACAUGUUUUCAUACUCAAAUCAUAUAAAAAUAUAUAUUACAUCAUUUACAU